AUGUUAUCUGACAUCAACGAGCCUGGACCUGGAUUUGAAUAUUUCCUGGACACUUCCUGUCAAGAUUGGGACGCGGUUCAGUACCAUGAAGCAUGGAAAGAGAGCAAUUUGGGUUUGGAUAAGGCGAUUGUAACGAGAAGUUUUAACAAACAAAUGCAGAAGAUAAAAGAACAAGGUACGGAAGAGGAAAAGAAGAAUGCGAUACGUCUCGAAAAUCAAUUCAGGAUUAGUAAGUCACAUUCAGUAGCUACCCAUGGAACUACGUCUUCGCAUGGUUAUGGACUACGUCUCCGCUACUACAGCUACCCAUGGAACUACGUCUUCGCAUGGUUAUGGACUACGUCUCCGCUGUUGGCUACAGCUACCCAUGGAACUACGUCUUCGCAUGGUUAUGGACUACAACAAAUCGAAAGUGUGAGUUUAAUUUUUGUUAACAAAAUAAAUUAUCGUACAGAUGUAACUGACAUUUUGUAUCUAGCAAAAGUCUUUACAGGCAUUAAUAAUCUCAAUGCAAAACCUAUAACAAAGAGAAAUAGAGAUGAAAAGAAUUCGGAUGAUAAAAUUAAAAAUAUAAAAAAACCCUAUCUUAUGAAGUCAAACCAGAAUGAUAACUUGAUAUUGAAAUCAGCAGAUUCAAAAAUAAACCAAAAGCUACCAUCUGAAUAUAAUGGACUAAUUUAUACACCACAUAUGUAUGUAGAUAUCGAGCCAGAAUAUUACGAUGCCAGGAAACGAACAAAAAUUAUUUAUUCGUGGGAAGAUGCAAUUGACAAGAUUGAUUUUAGAAAUAUUUCAAAUAAGGAUCGGAUUUUUGAAAGUUACAAUCUUUCCAACGAGUUCCGCUCAAUUAAUAAAGAUAACGAAGAUACCUUUGUUCACAGCAUUUUACAUAACUUGAUCAAUGAGAUUUUUCAUGACCCAAUGUUAGAAUUAGUAUGGGCAAAUAGUGAGAGCUUUGUUUCAAAAAGUCAAUGUCUUAACAAUAAGGAAAAUGCUCCUGUUAAAGGUAAUAAGUCCGAUUUUAAAAUUUUAACCAAUACUAAAGAUGAAGUUCUCUUCGGAGAAGUUAAACCAAGAGACUCGACUUCUGUAUUGGUCAAAAAGGAUCUAGUCAAACUUGCUGAGUUUCAGGCAGGUACCUUGGAUGAAUUAACCAAAAAAUAUGGCAAUAGAAUCGGGAUGAUUUCUUUUGGUAUAUGGAUAUGUGGUGAGCAUAUUCGCAUCUACGAUAUGGACCUUAAUUAUGACGGAAUAUAUAGGAUGAUCUUGGUUGCAGAUGUAUGUGUCCCAAUUGAACGGGAAAAAAUUGUAGGCUUUUUGCCAGUUUUGGAAGCGUUUUAUAAUGUUAAACAUCGUAUUUCCGAACUUUUAACGGUAAUUGCCUCUAACACCCCGCCUAGUUCUCCAUCACGUUCUUCCUAUGGUAGAAUGCCUACCUGUUAG